CACCGGAACGCCCGGAGCGCACACUGCCUGCGCCGCACGUGCGUCCCGCAGCACCCGGGCCAUCGGCUCCGCGCCGCCCCGCAGCGGGCCCGCGGGCUGGAGACGCGCGGAAGAAUACAGAGGUGUAUUCCAGAGUUGACUGUCCAUGGUACAUACAGUUAACGGGUGCCCAUUGGCACUUAUUUUUAUCAUCGUGUGGCUGUUAGUUAAAGCAAAAAUAGAUGUGUGCAAGAGAGGGGAUGUGACUGUGCAGCCUUCCCAUGUAAUUUCACUUGGGUCAGCUGUCAACAUUUCGUGCUCUUUGAAGACCAAACAAGGCUGCUUGCAAUUCUCCAGUUUUAACAAGUUAAUCCUCUACAAGUUUGACAGAAGAAUCUAUUUUCAGCAUGGUCAUUCCCUCAGCUCGCAAGUCACAGGUCUUCCCCUGGGUACAACCCUGUUUGUCUGCAAACUGGCCUGUAGCAGUAAUGACGAGAUUCGAAUAUGUGGGGCAGAGAUCUCCGUUGGUGUUGUUCCAGAACAGCCUCAAAACUUAUCUUGUAUACAGAAGGGAGAACGUGGGACCGUGAGAUGCACCUGGGAUAGAGGACAAGACACCCACCUGUAUACUGCCUAUACUUUACAGUUAAAGGGACCAAAAAAUUUAACCUUGCAGAAGCAAUGUGAUGAUCACUAUUGUGAUCAUUUGGACCUUGGAAUUAACCUAACCCCUGAAUCACCUGAAUCUAGUUACACAGCCAAGGUUACUGCUAUCAAUAGUCUUGGGAGUGCUUCUUCAUUCCCAUCCUCAUUCACAUUGUUGGACAUAGUGAGGCCUCUUCCUCCGUGGGACAUCAGAAUCAACUUUGUAAAUGCUUCCGUGAGCAGGUGUACCCUUCAGUGGAGAGAUGAGGGUCUGGUGCUGCUUAAUCGACUCAGAUAUCGGCCCAUUAACAGCAGGUCCUGGAAUAUGGUUAAUGCCACAAAUGCCAAAGGAAGACAUGAUUUGCUGGAUCUGAAACCCUUUACAGAAUAUGAAUUUCAGAUUUCCUCUAAGUUACAUCUUUAUAAAGGUAGUUGGAGUGAUUGGAGUGAAUCAUUGAGAACACAAACACCAGAAGAAGAGCCUACUGGAACAUUAGAUGUCUGGUACAUGAGACAGCACAUUGAAUACAAUAGACAACAGAUUUCUCUUUUCUGGAAGAAUCUGAGUCUAUCAGAGGCAAAAGGAAAAAUCCUCCACUAUCGAGUGACCUUGCAGGAGGUAGCAGCGGGGAAAGCCACACUACAGAACAUCACAGAACACACCUCCUGGACCUGGGUCAUUCCCAGAACUGGGAACUGGGCUGUGUCCGUGUCUGCAGCUAACUCGAAAGGCAGUUCCUUGCCCACUCAUAUUAACAUAACGGACCUGUGUGGGGCAGGGUUGCUGGCUCCUCAACAGGUCUCAGCAAACUCAGAGGGCGUGGACAACCUCAUGGUGACAUGGACACCUCCAGGGAAAGCUGCCGCUGCUGUGCAGGACUAUGUGGUGGAAUGGAGGGAACUCCAUCCGGGGGCCAGCACGCAGCCCCCUCUAGGCUGGCUGUGGAGUCCCCCCUACAACCUGUCUGCUCUGAUUUCAGAAAACAUAAAACCCUACAUCUGUUAUGAAAUCCGCGUGCAUGCACUUUCAGGGGACCAGGGAGGAUGCAACUCCAUCCGGGGUAACUCUAAGCACAAAGCACCACUGAGUGGCCCCCACAUUAAUGCCAUCUCAGAGGAAAAAGGGAGCAUUUUAAUUUCAUGGAACGAAAUUCCAGCCCGGGAGCAAAUGGGCUGCAUCCUCCAUUACAGGAUAUAUUGGAAGGAACAGGACUCCGAUUCCCAGCCUCAGCUUUGUGAAAUUCCCUAUAGGGUCUCCCCAAAUUCUCAUCCCAUAGACAGCCUGCGGCCCAGAGUGACAUACAUUCUAUGGAUGACAGCUCUGACAGCUGCUGGUGAAAGCCCCCAAGGAAAUGAAAGAGAAUUUUGUCUGCAAGGUAAAGCCAAUUGGAGCACAUUUGUGGCACCAAGCAUUUGCAUGGGUGUCAUCAUGGUGGGCGUUCUCUCAGUGCGUUGCUUCCGGCAAAAGGUAUUUGUUCUCCUUUUGGCCCUCAGACCUCAGUGGUGUAGCAAAGAAAUUCCAGACCCAGCGAAUAGCACUUGGGCCAAGAAAUAUCCCAUUGUGGAGGAGGAGACGCAGCUGGCCUUGGAUAGGCUCCUGACAGACUGGCCCACUCCCGAGGAACCUGAGAUCCUGGUCAUCAACAAAGUCCUUCACCAAGUGACCCCAGCCUUCAGACGUUCCCAUCACCCCAACUGGCCAGAAAAGGGACAAGGAGUCCAAGGUCACUAUACCUCUGAGGAAGACACAGGAUACAGUGCCUCGAGCCCCCCACCUCUGAGAGCUCUCACAGCAGAGACAGGACAAGGGGUGGAUCUGUACAAGGUGCUGGGGAGCAAGGGCCCCGACUCAACACCGGGAAACCCAGCCAGCUCCUCGACAGUCCUCCCAGUGGACUACCUUCCUGCCCAUGAGGGCUACUUACCCUCCAACAUAGAUUAUCUCCCUUCACGUGAGCCUCCCAUAAUUGACCCUUGGGAAGAACUGCCUCAGCACAUCUCUCUUUCCAUUUUCCCCUCGAGUUCCCUUCACCCACUCACCUCCUCCUGUGGUAAAAAGUUGACUCUGGAUCAGUUAAAGAUGGGGUGUGGCUCCCUCAUGCUCUGAGUGGCAAAGCUUGAAGUUUGGAAAGUCGAUGUGCCUCCAAGUGGCACAGCGUGCCCCAUCUCCCCAGCCACCUGCUCCAGUGGUUGUUACGUCUGGUUGCAGCUAGAGGGCAGGCAAGCCAACUCAGGGGGAAUCUCAUCUCAAGAUACCUCAUCUUGCCUUCUCCAGAGCCUUAAGAUCACAUCCUCUGCUGUGUGGACCUAGAGACUCCAAUCUGGGUUCCUGCAACUUUCUUGGCUAUGUUGGCCAGAAAGGAGAAAGGCAAGAGUGGAAACCAAAACUCUUACUAGCAAUGGCAGACAGUCCGGAGGACCAUUCAUCCAACAACUAUUUACUGUUGACCCUGAAUAAUAUGUUUGAGCUGCAUGGGUCCACCUAUAUACAGAUUUUUUUAAAUAAUAAAUUCUACAGUACUACAUGAUCCAUUGCUGGAUGAGCCCAUGGAUGCAGAACCACAGAUGAGGAAGGCCAGCUAAAAGUUAUAUGCAGAUUCUCAACUGCACAGGGGAGUUGGCACCCCAACCCCCACAUUGUUUAAGGGUCAACUUAUAAAGCAGCUACUACAAACCAGGUCUUAUGUCUAGAUCAGUACCGUCCAAUAGGCCUGAGAUAGAAAUGUUCUAUGUAUAGCUGCCCUGUUUGAUCCAACAGAUACUAACCACAUUGGCCAUUGAUUACUUAGGGAUGUAUCUCUAGUAUGACUGAGGAAUUGACUUUUUAUUGUAAUUAGUCACAUAUGACACUUGGCCACUGUAUUGGAGAGCACAACUCUAAAUGAUGGACAUAUUAGUGAGAAUUACUGGGUACCUUCAAAACAGAUCGACCUAGUUUUACAUAUGCAGGCAUAAAAGACCCCAGUGAACACCAAUAUAAAAGGGCUCCCAAGAUGGUCAUGGUUGUCCUUAUUUGUAGAAGCCUAAGAAUGUACCUUUUCCUUAGUUUUGCCCGUUUGUUUUCUUUUGCCUUCACCCUUUUUCAGUGAAAGCAGCUUGAUGGUGGAAAGCUACUGCUAAACCCACUGUAGGACCCUGGGCAAGCAGCCUCCCCUCUCUGAAAUCCAAUGUCUUGUAAAAGAGUGGGCCAAAGCUUCUCUGACCCCUUGUGUUUCCCUCUUCUUUCUGCUGCAGCUCAUACUGCCUUUAGGACCAGGGCUACCUCAGGGUCUAAGACCAAACUGCCUAGAUUGCACUCAUAAGUCAUCCCUUCUGAAGGCAUCCUGCUUUCCUUCCUCAAGAAAACUCUUGAGCUGGUCCUCAGACAGUUCAAGUUGAGCAUGGAAGAUAAUUCUCUUUUCCCCAGCAUGAACUUGGAAAACUUUAAAGAUAUGGCCUCUGGCUUAUCAUCCUCCCUUCACCCAUCACUGCCUCUAUCCCUUAACUAUAGGCACUUCUGCUAAGUUGAUAGAGAAGACUCUUAGUCUACAUGCUAAUGGUACUCUUUGCAAACAAAUGGGAUGAAAGGUCCAGAAACCUUUUUCUUAAAUCCCUGUCAAGCCUGGGUCAUACACCCUACCACCAUCCCACUCAAACACUGGAGCUGAGGCAGCUUUGGUUUACCAGAUGUCCCUCAGAGCUCUAGAAAUUGAAAUGAGCAUUUGCUCUGUUUGUUCAACACUUCAUCCAUGCCUCCUGCUAUUCCAGACUAACACGUUUAGUUCUUCCGAGCUUAAUUUGAAAAGCUUAAGCUUCUUCCUUACAUCUCCAUUCUACUCUAUUUAGCUGCUGUGUAGCACCCCCAUACCAUGGUUCCCUGCAUCUCAGCAGCUUCAGUACUGGCUUGUCUGCACCCAGGAUGUGGAGCCCCUUGACUGUUUGCAAUGGGCCAUGACAAAGCUGCCACCUCAGAAGCAGGCCAACCUAUCACCUCUUGACAAUAAGAGCCAACUUUUCUUUCUUGCAAUACCUGCUUUUCCUAUAUUUACUUUCCUUUUGAUUACCUGAUAGCCAUCUUAGUCACUCUUCCCCUACCCCGGGGGUCCGCAAGCCCCAGGCCAUGGACAGGUACCGGCCCAUGGCCUCUUAGGAACCGGGUCGCACAGCAGGAGGUGAGCAGCGGGCAAGCGAGCGAAGCUUCAUCUGUAUUUACAGCUGCUUCCCAUCGCUGGCAUUACUGCCUGAGCUCCGCCUCCUGUUAGAUCAGUGGCGGCAUUAGAUUCUCAUAGGAGCGCAAACCCUACUGUGAACUGCACAUGCGAGAGAUCUAGGUUGAGAAUCUAAUGCCUGAUGAUCUGAGGUGGAGCUGAGGCAGUGAUGCUAGCUCUGGGGAGCGUCUGCAAAUACAGAUUAUCAUUAGCAGAGAGGUUUGACUGCACGGAGACCAUAAUAAAUCAAUUGCUUGCAGACUCAUAUCAAAACCCUAUCAGUGAGCGGCAAGUGAAAACUAGCUCAGGGCUCCCACUGAUUCUGCAUUAUGGUGAGCUGUAUAAUUAUUUCAUUAUUUAUUACAAUGUAAUAGUAAUAGAAAUAAAGUGCACAAUAAACGUAAUGUGCUUGAAUCAUCCCGAAACCAUCCCCCCUCCCCCCACCCUACCCCCGUCUACGGAAAAACUGUCUUCCACGAAACCAGUCCCUGGUGCCAAAAAGGUUUGGGACCGCUGCCUUACCCCUUUGGCCUCAACACACAGGCCCCAGUCUCCCUUUUCCCCUCCACACCUUUUCCCCUCCCUUAAAACUCCAGGUGGUACUGCAGUCCUCACUUGCUUUCCUGAAAGGUGAAAAAAAAUUUUUUAAGGGAGAGUUCCUUGACCCCUAAAGGCUCCUUCUAAGGAUGCAGAGGCCUCCUCAGUGCUCCCCUAGCAUGAUGCACUUACUUCCUCUAGUGGACUGCAAAUAGCUGGAAAGCAGGAACCAUGGCAAUCUCCAGCACCAUGCCUGGUCCAUAGUAGGCUAUCAAUAAAAAGUAAAAGAUGUCUUCUGCCACUACUUCCACCUUGUUCCUUCUAUUCCAGAAGCCAGUCCAGCUGUGCCUGCUUCCUCUUUAUUGAGACAAUUGCAUUUGCUUGUAAUCUCUUCAUUCCCAACCCCCAUUCUACCCUACCGUUUAUUGACAGCACUAUUGUAAAACAUGUAGCAGUUUCUUAUAUUAAAAACAUAUUUGAACAUGCCUUUGGCUGCUCACCCUGCCAGAUAAAAUGUCCUCUUUCCGUGAAUGACAGGAUGGGUAACCUCAUUCUGCCCUUGCCCCAAAGUUUUUGUUAUCUCCCUUUCUGCCCACACACAGUCAAAAUCCCAAAUCAGAUUGCCUAGUUUACCAGGACUAGGUAGAGCUCACUAAUAUUCAUAUAGCCAGGCUUUCAUUCCUCAGGAAAAUUGCAACUCUUUAAAUCCUCUCUCCUUAUAUCCAAAAGCCAACCCAGAAAUCUCUGCUCUACUAAAACACAUCAAAUUCCUUAAUUCUCUGGGACCUAAAUACUACAAAUAGUCCAAGUUCAUUCUCAAUGAAUUCAUGGGAAUCUCUACCAAUUCCUGUGUACAGAUCAUUACCCUGAAUUAAAAGGGCCCUCUUUUCCAGAAGCCAGAAAUUCUAUUUCCUGGGCCUCUGUUUUCCUUAUAGGCAAUAGGAAAGCCAAACUGGUGUUAUCUAGUUCCUUCCCUUUAGUGCCUUUUCCCCUCCACCCUGUCCCAAUUUCUCAGCUUCCAUUAAUAGCCUACAGCUGCAACUCUCCAAUUCCCAGAGGCCAGUCAAAGAAAUGCCAAACUAGGCACAUUCUAUUCUAGUCAAUCCCCCCCGUGUUUGAUUCUUGGUUUUCUCGAUCAAGCUCUUUUUCUUUCACCUGACGUAGUUGUCAUCUGUCCCAGCUCAGGCCCUCCAAAGAAGCCCUGUUGUUCUCUUCCUAGCCUGCAGGACACAAAGACACUCACAUUAUCCACCCUUAUGAAAGGCUAAUAGGUGAACCCUCAAAUUAAUCAAUCUCUAGAAUAAAAGAGAUCAGAAAGGCCUCUUCUUCAACCUAAAAGAAAAAAAAAAGAUAAGCAAUUUAAUCAACUGGCCAACUGAUGAUAGAAAGAAACAAGUCAUAUUUUUACAUCACAGCCUACACAGGAAUAAAUUUCCAAUUAAAACUUUGCAAAACACACACACCAAGUUAGAUAAAAGUAUUUGCAAGACAUGCCAAGAUACUUAAUAAGGCACUCUUACAGAUCAAUAUGAUAAAAGCCAACACUUCAAAGAAAAAUGGAGCAACUCAUAAAAUACAUAUAAAUGUCCGAUAAGCAUAAAAAACCCCCAGCUGUAAUCAAAGAAAUAAAAAUUAAGUACCAUUUUUCCCUUACCAAAUUAGCAACAGUAAUGAAAAAAUUAGCGACUAUUAAUCAGAGAACUGCGGUUGGCUACAGGAAUGUUAGUUGGCUCUUUUCUGGAGGCACCUGGGCAAUAUUCAAUAAAAUUUGACUAGCAAUGUAGACUAAAGAACAGUACAAAUAUCAUAGUCUAUAAAAGAUUUAUCACAGCAUUGAUUAUAAUAGGGAGAGGAACCUAAAUGCCCUUCAGUAGGGACAUGGUUAAAUCACGCAUACAAUCAAUCACUGAAUUUCAUGGAGUCUAAGACGCCACCAAUUUUAGGGGACACCUCAUUACUUUGCUAUGAAUAGGGAAAAAUGCAAAUUAAACUGUAAUAUGCCAUUGAUUGCUAUGGUGCACACUUCCCCGCCCCCUCCACAUAAUUUUAACGUGACUGAAAUUGGGAUGCGUCUUAGAAUUGAUGCAAAGCAUACUAUGCAGCCUUUUAAAAAAAACAUAAAAAUGUCUGACAUGCAAGUGGUUAAAACGGCUGAAUAGAAUCAUCUCACUUUUAUAAAGCAAUGCAAAAAAAAAUCUAAAUAUACACCAAAAUGCUAACAGUGACUACAUCCAGCCACAGGUUUUUAAAUUACACUUUUGCAUUCCUUUCAUCACAAAGGCUCAUUACUGUUAGAAGUGGAGAGUCAAUGAAAUAUAAAAUAUUACCAAUUUCUUUCCAAAGACCUGAGACAGUGGGUCCUAAUGACAGACACUCACCACUUUCUUUAUGGCCCAUGUCUCUUUCAUCCUCCACCUCCUGUCUGGCACUUCGACCCUUAAUACUCCAGUCAGAGGGUAGAAAAGACAAAGUAGCUUCCACACUAGGUGAGGCGGGGGGAGGGGGGGGAUGUUAGAGUAAUAACUGAAGCAAUGGAUCUUUGAAAUACAAAGUUUAUAUAAAAAGCCAAAUUUUGCCUUAUUCCCAUUCUAACAGUAAUUGUUAAUAAUGAUCAAUGACCUCUAACACAGUACUUAAUACAUGCAGUUUUUAAGGGGUGUAAGACGGUUCUCACCAUGACUGGUUUAAGGUAGGUGUUAUCUCCACUAUAGAGAUGAGGAAACUGUGAUACAAGUAACUUAACCAAAGUCACACAAUUAGUACCUGAUACCGGUCUGGUUUUAGAGCAUAAUUUUCAACUACUUUAAUUCUUUUCUGUGCAAGUGACUACACAACAAAUUUAUAUCGAUUAGGGUUCUGACUGUAGUUGACUGUAACUGUGAGUCCAUAAAAAUCUUUGAAGCUAUUGUUACUAGGUAACCAAAAACUGGCAUCUCUGUACUUCUAAAGUUCUAGAGCCUUCUUGGUUCUUGAGAAAUCUACCCAAAAAGCAUGACACCAGAACAAAUUUGGCACUCUUGAAUUUGCUAACUUAUCUACCCAGCUAAUCUAAAUCCUACAAUACAAGGCACACUGUGUAAGGCCACAGAAGGGAAAUAACACUCCUGAGAAAGUCCAUUAUUUUAAGGAAAUUGGUAAGUAUUUAAAACUAUGAAAACAUUAUGCCUUUCAAAGAAAGAGAAAAGUAACCAGAGCAGUGUGUUCUCUCUUUAAUUAAAAUAACUAUAACCCCAUCCAACUUACCUGAUUUUUUCCAAACAUGGUUAUUUCUUAAGUAAAAAGUAGGGCUGCAUUUGACUCAACUGUGUUGCUUGUAUGAACUGUUGAAACAUAAAUGCCUUUCCUUCAUUCUAUGGUAACUGGCUCCACAUUUUGUUAAUCGUCCUUUCUUUUAUUUACAAGUGGCAAAACCAUUCUUAAUUUGGCUCCGAAUCUCCAAGAAACAUACAAACCUAUUAUGUGCUACCUUGGGGUUCCUUUACAUCAAUUCUGGCCACUUUUCAAUUUCCACAACUGUACGGAAUUCUUCCACAAGAGACCUGGGCCUUGCCUAGGCAAGAGAAUGUCAGGUGAGGCCCACAAUACCUUCCCUUUUCCAAUUUCACAUAUUUUGCUACCCAUAGGUAAUUGGACCCAAUGAAAUACUUAUAAAAGCUGUUAUGAGAUUCUCACAGAGACUAAAUUGUUUUCAAAGGCCCUGAAUUUUCACCAGAAAGGUAGAACACCCACAAGCUGAAACAUUUUUGCAAGUUCAGAAAACUGCAAAAACAUUCUUCUGAAAUUGGAUAGAAAUUAUUAGUAACGAAACACACUUGUUCCUUUAGGAAACAAAAUCUAACUCACUUACUAAAAUGUCAACUAUAUAUCCUCCUGCACAUUAGCUGAAAAUGUAGCCUGUGUUAACUAGAGGGUUUUUCCUGUGCUAUUCAAAGCGAAGAGCCUGGAGACCCUCAUCCCUAGACAAAAAAAUCUCUCAAGGUGAAAAUAGGAUGCCACAAGAAUUCAUUUAGAAGCAGAAAUCUUACUUUACCCCAUCACAAAGGGAGUUAAAAGACCAUUUGCCUUUUCACAAUACUGUAGAAAAUACUAGUUUUCUAAGUUUUCUCUCCUUUCACUUUAACAACUGCAUAUGACUGGAUUCCUUUGCAUACCUAUGAACACUCCCUUUAGACUCCCUCUGGUCUAUGGCAGGAUAGCUUUCAGAGCAGUUGUAUAGAUGUAAAAGAAAAAACAAAA